ACCACGUCUUGACAAAAUGCAUGAACUAAUCAUGUGUCCUGUGCAUGCUCCUCCUUUUCCUAGUAUAUAUAGGCGCACCUAGGAUCUCAAACACAUAAACAUUGGCCACCAUCUCGAGAGCUAGCUCAAGAGAUCAGCAAACAUAGAAAAAUGGCGGCUACCUGGUACUUUCUCCUCGUCGCCGUGAUAGUGGCCUUGUCCACGAACUUGGCCGAUGGCGCCACGGUGGAGUACCAAUUCGAUGUGGCAACCAUGAACGUGACACGGCUGUGCAGCAGCAAGAGCAUCGUGACGGUGAACGGGCAAUUUCCGGGCCCGACGGUGUUCGCCAGGGAAGGAGACCUCGUCGUCGUCCGGGUCGUCAACAACGCCCAGUACAACAUGAGCAUCCACUGGCACGGCAUCCGGCAGAUUCGGAGCGGGUGGGCGGACGGGCCGGCAUACAUCACGCAGUGCCCGAUCCAGCCAGGGCAGAGCUACGUGUACAAGUACACCAUCUCCGGGCAGCGCGGCACACUGUGGUGGCACGCUCACAUCUCAUGGCUUCGCGCCACCGUCUAUGGCCCUAUCGUCAUCCUCCCCAAACUCGGCGUCCCGUAUCCGUUCGCAGCGCCCUACAAGGAGGUUCCCCUCAUCUUUGGUGAAUGGUGGAAGGCGGACACGGAGGCGGUGAUCAGCCAGGCAUUGCAGACCGGCGGAGGCCCGAACGUCUCUGACGCCUUCACCAUCAACGGCCUUCCAGGACCGCUCUACAAUUGUUCCGCCAAAGACACGUUCAAGCUGAAGGUGAAGCCGGGGAAGACGUACAUGCUCCGCAUCAUCAACGCCGCACUCAACGAUGAACUCUUCUUCUCCGUCGCCGGGCACCAGCUCACCAUCGUCGACGUCGACGCGGUCUACAUCAAGCCCAUCACCGUGGACACCCUCCUCAUCACCCCGGGCCAGACCUCCAACGUGCUCCUCACCGCCAAGCCGUCCUACCCCGGGGCCACCUACUACAUGAUGGCCGCGCCCUACUCCACCGCGGCGUCGGGGACCUUCGACAACACCACCGUCGCCGGCAUCCUCGAGUACGAGGACCCCAGCUCCGGCUCCUCCGCCGCCUUCAACAAGAACCUCCCCCUGUUCCGCCCCACCCUGCCCAAGAUCAACGACACGAGCUUCGUGUCCAACUACACCGCCAAGCUCCGGAGCCUCGCCUCGGAGGAGUACCCGGCGCAGGUGCCGCAGGAGGUGGACCGGCGCUUCUUCUUCACCGUGGGGCUGGGCACCCACCCCUGCGCCGUCAACGGGACGUGCCAGGGCCCCAACAACAGCAGCCGGUUCGCGGCCGCCGUCAACAACGUAUCCUUCGUGCUCCCCACGACGGCGCUCCUGCAGUCGCACUACACCGGCAUGUCCAACGGGGUGUACUCCUCCAACUUCCCCAUCGUCCCCGCGAAGCCGUUCAACUACACCGGCACGCCGCCCAACAACACCAACGUCUCCAACGGGACCAGGCUGGUCGUGCUGCAGUACGGCGACUCCGUGGAGCUGGUGAUGCAGGGCACCAGCAUCCUCGGCGCCGAGAGCCACCCCUUCCACCUCCACGGCUUCAACUUCUUCGUCGUCGGCCAGGGGUUCGGCAACUUCGACCCCAUCAAGGACCAGGCCAAGUACAACCUCGUCGACCCCGUCGAGCGGAAUACCGUCGGCGUGCCGGCCGCCGGGUGGGUCGCCAUUCGCUUCCGUGCCGAUAAUCCAGGUGUGUGGUUCAUGCAUUGUCACUUGGAGGUGCAUGUCAGCUGGGGACUGAAAAUGGCGUGGCUGGUGCAGGACGGGAGCCUCCCCAACCAGAAGCUCCUCCCUCCGCCGUCCGAUCUUCCCAAAUGCUAGGAAGAAUCGUCCCCGGCCUUUUGCUCGUGUGCGCGCACACACAACUGCUUGCUUAUGUGUCGCGCGUGCGCGCGGUUGGUGCUACACAAUGCUUUCCUGCCGGUGUGCCAUUUUUUUUUCCAUGUUAAGUCGUUAUCUGAUUAACUGUUGUGAGAGUUGUGAGCAGGUUUCUUGAUCAGAAGCAACAUAAGUAGGCCUUUAACUUUGGACUGCUUGUUAGCUGCAUUCUUUUGUGAACAUGUACGGGAGCUGGGUCAUAUGCCCAUGUGACUAUCCAAUAAUUUGUACCAACAUUUGAUUUAUGGAGAGGAAAUUGUUCUUAUUUCA